CGGGCUGGGUGUCUCGCUCGAGUUUAAUUGGCACGCUCGGGGGGUUGUUCGGGUAUCUAGCCGUGUGAGCAGUAGUAACAGAGGCACUUGCCUUAGCAAACACAGCUGAAAAGCCGAAGACCUCAGAGGCAAAGAGCGCAGAGUGAGCGUGCGCGCAUCCACCUCUCUCUCUCUCUCUCUCUCUCUCUCUCUCUCUCUCUCUCACUCUUCCACUCGCUCUCAAGCGUUCAUCCGGACAGAUUCCUCUUCUUCUUCUUCUCUCUCCAGUGGAUACUGCGGGGAACACACGGAUUGCCUGUAGGAUGGAUUGCUGAAACUCCCUUUGCGAGAUUACCCAUUUAUUUCCUUUCAUUUCCCUCCCGUCACACUAUCUCGUCUCCAUCCACCCAUCCAUGAGUCCAGACGGGUUCUGAUUCGGACAGAAUGCGGAUCCUGCUGUUGAUUCCGCUGCUGUGGGGACUCGGCGAAGGGGCUUUUCCCAGCAGUGUCCAAAUCGGUGGGUUGUUUAUAAGAAACACGGAUCAAGAAUACACAGCUUUUCGGUUGGCCAUAUUCCUUCACAACACGAGUCCGAACGCCACAGAAGCCCCUUUCAAUCUGGUCCCGCACGUCGACAACAUCGAGACGGCCAACAGCUUCGCUGUCACCAAUGCCUUUUGUUCGCAGUAUUCGCGAGGAGUGUUUGCGAUCUUCGGCCUGUACGACAAGCGCUCGGUACACACUCUGACGUCGUUCUGCAGCGCUCUGCACAUCUCUCUGGUGACGCCCAGCUUCCCCGCCGAGGGAGAGACGCAGUUCGUGCUUCAGCUACGACCCUCCAUCCGUGGAGCCCUACUGAGCCUCCUCGACCAUUACGACUGGAGCCGCUUCGUCUUCCUGUACGACACCGACAGAGGAUACGCCAUCCUGCAGGCCAUCAUGGAGAAGGCGGGUCAGAACGGUUGGCAGGUCAGCGCUAUCUGUGUGGAGAACUUCAACGACGCCAGUUACAGAAGACUGCUGGAAGACCUGGACCGGAGACAGGAGAAGAAGUUCGUCAUCGACCUCGAGGCAGAACGCCUGCAGAACAUACUGGAACAGAUUGUCAGCGUGGGCAAACACGUGAAAGGAUACCACUACAUCGUUGCUAACCUGGGAUUUAAGGACAUUUCUCUUGAGCGGUUCAUGCACGGCGGGGCGAACGUAACCGGUUUCCAGUUGGUGGAUUUCAGCAAACCCAUGGUGAUCAAACUAAUGCAGCGCUGGAACAAACUCGACCAGAGGGAGUAUCCGGGAUCCGAGAGCCCACCCAGGUACACAUCAUCAUUGACGUACGAUGGUGUGCUGGUGAUGGCGGAGGCGUUCCGGAACCUGCGCCGACAGAAGAUCGACAUCUCUCGCAGAGGCAACGCCGGAGACUGUCUGGCCAAUCCCGCUGCUCCUUGGAAUCAGGGCAUCGACAUGGAACGAACUCUGAAACAGGUGAGAAUCCAGGGUCUCACUGGGAAUAUCCAGUUUGAUCAUUAUGGACGCAGAGUCAACUACACCAUGGACGUCUUUGAGCUAAAGAGUAACGGCCCCCGCAAGAUCGGUUACUGGAACGACCUGGAUAAGUUGGUUCUGGUCCAGAAUGAGCUCUCCAUGGGAAACGACUCCGCUAUGGAGAACCGAACGGUUAUCGUCACGACUAUAAUGGAAGGACCGUACGUGAUGCUAAAGAAGAAUUGGGAGAUGUAUGAAGGAAAUGACCAGUAUGAGGGAUACUGCGUGGAUCUGGCAUCCGAGAUCGCUAAACACAUCGGCAUCAGGUACAAGAUCUCCAUCGUUCCUGACGGGAAAUACGGAGCCAGAGACCCAGAGACGAAGAUCUGGAACGGCAUGGUUGGGGAGCUGGUGUACGGGAAAGCGGAAAUCGCUGUGGCCCCUUUAACAAUCACUCUGGUCCGGGAGGAGGUGAUCGAUUUCUCCAAGCCCUUCAUGAGUCUGGGCAUCUCCAUCAUGAUCAAGAAGCCUCAGAAGUCCAAGCCGGGCGUCUUCUCCUUCCUGGACCCGCUGGCCUACGAGAUCUGGAUGUGCAUCGUGUUCGCCUACAUCGGCGUGAGCGUGGUGCUCUUCCUGGUCAGCCGCUUCAGCCCGUACGAGUGGCACACCGAGGAGCCCGAGGAAGGCUCCGACGGUCCGCCCAGCGACCAGCCCCCCAACGAGUUCGGCAUCUUCAACAGUCUCUGGUUCUCUCUGGGCGCCUUCAUGCAGCAGGGCUGUGACUUCACACCCAGGUCUCUGUCUGGUCGUAUCGUCGGAGGCGUCUGGUGGUUCUUCACUCUUAUCAUCAUUUCCUCCUACACGGCAAACCUGGCCGCUUUCCUCACCGUGGAGAGGAUGGUGUCGCCUAUCGAGAGCGCGGAAGACCUCGCCAAACAGACAGAAAUCGCCUACGGGACUCUCGAUUCCGGUUCCACCAAAGAGUUCUUCAGGAGGUCAAAGAUCGCAGUGUACGAGAAGAUGUGGAGCUACAUGAAGUCGGCCGAGCCCACGGUCUUCACCAAGACGACGGCGGAGGGCGUGGCCCGCGUGCGCAAGUCCAAAGGAAAAUACGCCUUCCUGCUGGAGUCCACCAUGAACGAGUACACGGAGCAGCGCAAGCCCUGCGACACCAUGAAGGUCGGAGGGAAUCUGGACUCCAAGGGCUACGGGGUGGCCACGCCCAAAGGAUCGCAGCUAAGAAAUGCCGUAAACCUGGCCGUGUUAAAGCUGAAUGAGCAGGGGCUGUUGGACAAAUUGAAAAAUAAAUGGUGGUACGACAAGGGCGAAUGUGGCAGCGGGGGCGGGGACUCGAAGGACAAGAGCUCGCAGGCGCUGAGCCUGAGCAACGUGGCGGGAGUUUUCUACAUCCUGGUGGGCGGCCUGGGUCUGGCCAUGCUGGUGGCCCUGGUCGAGUUUUGCUAUAAGUCCCGCGCCGAGGCCAAGAAACUGAAGGUGGAAUCGGCCGAACUGAAUUUUAGCCCCGCCCCCAGCCCAACGCACAGCGUGCAGAACUUAGCCACUUAUAGAGAGGGAUACAACCUCACCUUCUCGGAAGCCAUGAGAAACAAGGCCCGCUUGUCAAUCACGGGCAGCCUGGGGGAGAAUGGGCGUGUCCUGACGCCAGACUGCCCUAAGGCCGUGCACUCUGGCCCCUCCUUCCGACAUGGCCCCGCCCUCGCCGUGGUGUCCUCCGACCUCCCAUAGAAACCAAAAACUCACCUUGUGCCUUAAACCAUCUUACCCCUCUACCGAAGUUCAGAUUUCACGCAAAACACGGGAGAAGCGCGCCGUCGCCGGCUCCAAACGCGACUAAGCCCUCGGAAAAGACGUCAACAAUUGUAAAAGAGCCGGGACGGCACGGACACGAACGCUUGGCGAGCAUCAAGGACCCAUGAUGCCUUAUCCUAACUUUGGGGACGAACACCAUCAAGCGACCAGUAAACUGUAAAUGUAGAGACAUUAGCCGCGCUUCCCUGAUUAGCCGUACUUGUAUUAAAUCACGUAUUUACGACAUGGUCCACGAUCACUAGCUACUAAACCGUAUGUAGAUAUUCUCUCAGGAGCCACGAAGGGGGACAACGGAAACACCUUUUAUCAUCUCGACAGGACUUCUCCAAGACGCCGCCGGGAGCCGCUUGCUUUUCGGAUCUGAAAUGUACAUAGACCAGUAGUAAAAGCUGAAAACGAUUCUUUUAUAAAGCAUCUUAGAUAAUAAAUCAUCGCAAUAAUGACUAUAGGGAGACCUGACUUGUAAUUAAGAGAUCUUUUAUAUACACACAGUAUUAUAUAUAUACAGAAUAUAAUAGAGGGACAUCCGAACUAAAACCGCACCGUUGCGUGUGAGACCAUGGCAUCUGUUCUGUUAACAGUUGUUUUGAUAACCGAUGUAACGCAGUGUGUACGUGUCUUUGUCCUUUAAUGAAUGUCCACGCAUUACACAUUUCGCACAAAACACACACGAGCGUAGGAUGUGAACGGCGCACCGCAUCGCACACCGAUUCUCACCUUUGGUGUUUGGUUAUGUUUUCGCGUUCUUUCGUUUUUUCUCUUUGUACCCACCGAUUCAAAUAAAACAGGAACAUUUAUACAACA